AUGGAGAAGGAAUUAAAAGAGAAUCAAGAGAUGGUUCUUGGAUACCUCAGAGAGGUGACCAUACAGAAACUGAGCGUACAGAAUAUUCUGAAGGACCGCCUGAAGAAUCCGCUACAGAAGCUUCCUCGAGUGCUUUCAGGUGGGCCCACAGAGAACCUUCAGAUACACAUGGAGAAGGGAGUAGAAGAGAAUCUAGAGAUGCUUCUUGGAUACCUUGGAGAGGUGGCCGUACAGGAACGGAUCCUACAGAAUAUUCUGAAGAAGCGCCUAGAGAGACCGCUACAGGAGCUUCCUCUAGCCCUUCUGAAAUGUCCCGCAGAGAACCUUCAGAUACACAUGAAGAAGGAAAUCGAAGAGAAUCUAGAGAUGCUCCUUGGAGACCUUACAGGGGUGACAAUACAGAAAUUGAGACGACAGAAAGUUCUCAAGUGA